CAAAUAUAUCUGUUUGCUUCACCAACACCAACCUGGUGGCGAUAUGAUAAGCAUUCAUCAAUAACUCCAAGAGAAAGAUAUAAUGACCUUCCAGUACAACAAGUCGAUGCAGCCAAUGCGAAUCCAAGAUCCUUAGCCGCUACGCAAGAUCUUCUCAGUCUUAGACAUAGAAUUUUCAUUUUACUUCCGCGCCAUGUAAGUAAGUAGUUGAAUAUUAUGAACAGACCACAUUGGACAUCAUCUUCCAGCUUUUAGGCAAAGUUACUAUAAUCAUAUGCACCAGCAUGUUCUUAUAAUCACGAAGACUGAAGACUUGACUCGUUUAGGAUUUCUGAAGAGCUGCGCUGGAGAUGGGAAGUGGAGGACUAUCUGCGAUGUCUAAAUUGCAAGAAGUGGAAGGUUGAACUUCAAGAGGCAGGAAUGUCAAUACAGGCUAGAGCAAAAAGGACUGACUUACACAGAAGACACAAAGCGAAGAGCUUAAAGAAGGUGAAAAAAUAAGAAAAAGGAAGCGCAGCAAUUAAGUUCUGCGAGCGACCUCUUGCUAGGUAAAUGAAUGAAUGAGUGAAGACUUAUUUUAUCAAUUACCAAAUCUAUAUCUUCGUCUGGACUUUCUGGUGGUGGAUAGUCGCACUGCAUAUUCUAUAUGGCUGUGACAAUUGCGACGUAGCAGUGGCCGCAAGUUCAUGCUCUUAUUAAUUUGUUUAACGAGCCGAGAUCAUGAAUCAGUAAUGCUGAGUCAAUAUUUUCAAGAGUUUGGUGGUACAGUAUUUUAACCAUUGUGUAAAGAAUGAACCGAGAUGCUGAGUAGGUAUUUUAUUUAAGACUUGGGAGGCAGUGGCAC